UUGUUGUAUUCACUAGUUUCUUGGUUCCAAAGGGAAAGCUAAAGAAAAAAAGAAAGUAAGAGAAAAAUCUACUUGGAUUGCUGGCGCUGGGCGGAUUUUAUUAGAAAACUUGCACAUGCGAUCCCAAGUGUGGCGGUGAAUGGCCAUGGAAACAGCUUCAUGUCCCAUUCUCAAGACUUUCUGUUUCAGCACCAACAACUCUUCCAAACUGUAUAACGUUCCAAGAAAAUCCCUCUCCUUUUUGCCUCCAAAAAACUACUUGAGCACUACUUCUAGCAUUGGCAAGUUGUACAGUGAUGGGUAUUUUGUCAAUUCGUCAAGCUCAUUCUCCAGCAGUACCCAAGAUAACCCACCUCAGCAACUCGCUCUUCUCCUUGAAGUUGAAGGGGUUUUAAUGGAUGUGUAUCGCUUGGGCAACCGUCAAGCCUUCAAUGCAGCAUUCCGGAAGCUUGGAUUGGACUGUGCAAAUUGGAGCCAGCCAGUUUAUCAGGAUCUUGUGAGGAAGAGCAUAGGUGAUGAAGAAAAGAUGUUGGUCUUGUUUUUUAACAGAAUUGGCUGGCCCACAUCACUGCCCACAAGUGAGAAGGAGACAUUUAUGAAAAGUGUUCUGCGUGAAAAGAAAAUUGCAUUGGAUGAACUGGUCAUGUCAAAAUCUUUACCUUUAAGACCUGGUGUUGAAGAAUUUAUUGAUGAAGCUUAUGAAGAAGGUGUCCCAGUAGUGAUGCUGACAUCAUACUGUAAAUGUGGGGAAAAACCAGCCAGAUCCAUCAUUGAGAAGCUUGGAAAUGAUAAAAUGGCAAGGAUAAAAAUACUUGGAAUGGAGGAGGUAAAGCAAAGUUUCUAUGGCCAACUUGUAUUUGGUGAAGGAGUGGCGUCUGACCUAGGUGAGCAACUGGCUAAAGAAGCAAGAAAAGCAGUUUCUGCAGAGGAGCAAAGAAUUGCUAAGGAGGUUGCUUCCAUGCUAAAGUUGAGUGUCGACAUUGAUACAACUUCAAGUGAAGAAAUGAAGAAUGUUGUGGCUGCAUUACGGGCAGGGGCAGAAUAUGCCAAUGUACCUGUGGAUAAUUGUGUGCUUGUUGCCGGAAGUCAAUCUGGGGUUGCUGGAGCAGAGCGAAUUGGCAUGCCUUGCGUUGUGGUCCGGGGCAGUUCGACCGCUAGAGCUGAGUUUCCUGGAGCUAAAGCGAUAAUGGAUGGAUUUGGUGGUGGAGAUCUAUCGAUUUCUAGGCUACGACAAAUACAGAGGUCCUGAUGUUUGAUUCAAAAGCUAGUUGCUUCAAAAUUUUCAAGCGAGUGUAAUUGUGCUGCUGUAAAAUUAGUUAUAUGAGAUACGUACUGUAAGUAAAAUGUAUUGCUCUAGCUGCCAUUUAUUUUCUUAGUGUACCAUUUAUGGAAUUACGUCUCAAUUUUGAGCUUCAUUUCGCCUUUC